AUGAAGGGAAUUGCUCUUCUUGCGCUUUUUGGUGCUGCGCUAGCUCAUCCAGCAGGCCUUUGGUGGGGUACCGACGUCUGCUACACCAGUCCAGACAAUACCGACAAUCAGUGCUCGGAUGUUCAGCGGAAAGGCUUUGACUUGUCUGAGCUCGCAAACGGUGACAAUUGGAGCUUUGAGGGCUUCCACUUCGUUGGGCUCGAGCCCAAGAAUGGCUGUCAGGGGGCACUUGUCUUUGGGGGAAAGCUCUCUCGUGAUAACGACUGGACAAUCAAGAUUUCCGCCGCUGAUGCUCCAUUCUCAAUCCGAAACUUCCAUCUUUCAACUUCCCGAAAUACUGAUGUCUUCAUCAUCUACAAGAUGCCUGAUGGUUCUUCCUGUCAUCAUGUCACAUCGAGCUGGUACAAGGGAACUGAUGUCGCCAACGACCAGUGUGGCGGUGCUGUCUCAGUUGAGUUCACGCUUCCCGAAGAGAGCAAGUUCGGCGAUUGUGAUCUAGAGAUUCAUCAGAUCGACUUUGACUGUUCUACUGGAUCCAAGCCCCCAGGUCACACUGUCCUUGUCCCCUCCCACUCUCACACUGAGCCCAGUCCAAGCUCGACUACCUCUCUGCCUCCUUUCCAUUGGACCUCGCAGGAGGUUUCUACGACUAGCCACUCUACCCAGCAGAUGACGACAUCCACAGUCUGGACUACUGAGGAGAUCACCAUCACCAAAUGUGCACCAACCGUCACUAACUGUCCUGGCCAUUCGACUGUUUUGAUUACCUCUACAUAUCCAUUGUCAACCACAGUCUGCCCGUCUACUCCCGUGGAAACGAAACCUAGCACAACAACUCCUCACGGUCAUUCGGAUCCCCCGACUACUAGCCACUCUUCCCAGCGGAUGACGACUUCCACAGUCUGGACUACUGAGGAGAUCACCAUCACCAAAUGCCCACCGACAGUUACUAACUGCCCUGGUCAUUCGACUGUAUUCAUUACCUCAACAUAUCCGUUGUCAACCACAAUCUGCCCUUUUAAGCCCGUGGAAACAGAACCUAGCACAACAUCAUCUCGUGUUGAGCAUUCGCAUCCCCCGAUCACGAGCUCCAUCAGCACCACGACCGGCACCGUGCCCAGCCCACCUGCUAUUACUGCGCCCUGCCCCAACGUGGUACCCAAGUGUCUCAACACAUGGCUCUCCAUUCCAAAGUGCGACUCCAACAGCGACGCCGCAUGCUUCUGUCCAUCCACUGAAUUCACAGACAAAGUUAGCGGGUGCAUUCGGGCCUGGAGCACCUCCAAGAAGGAGGAAGGUUCCGCCCUUGCUUUCUUCGCUGGCAUCUGCGCCCCCUUCGUGCCAGAGAACCCUGCUAUUGUAGAUAUCGCAACAACCUGCACUUCUUCGGACCCCGUUCCUAAGACCACUGCUGUUCCCCAAAUCACCGGCAAUACACGUACGCUCGUUGAGACUGUCGUUGUAGCCACGUCCGUCCCCCAGGCUCCUUGUACCACCAUCAGCUGGGCCUCUCAUACGGCAACUGUUCCGCUCGUUGGGUUCAGCACUGUCACUUGUUCCUCUACAACCUCUGUGGAUCUGGUCGUUGUUACUACAGCCAGUCCUCCUUCUAAGACCGGCCACCAUGCGCACGCGUCGUCCUCCAAGAUGACAACUAGCUGCAAAACCCACACCACAUCUCUUCUUACACCGACUGCUCCCAAGACGACUGUUACAAAGCCAACAGCAUCCAGGCCAACUGAAACUGUCAUUUACGGCAAUGUUGGGUCGAAACUACCUUUGUGUAAUUUCUGGGCUUUUGGUGUUGUCCUUUUGGCGCUUUUCUUCUAA